CGUCCAGCAGCCUGAACACACCGAGACACGGGUCAUGGAGCGUAAACUGGAUCUAUCGCGUCUGAGCGACGAAGAGGCCAAACACGUCUGGGAGGUGAUCCAACGAGACUUCAACCUCCGGAAGAAAGAAGAGGAGCGACUCGGUGAAUUGAAGACUAAAAUCGAGAAGGAAGACACAAAGCGAGAGCUGCUGGGUUCUCAGAGUCAGCUGUCCGAGUCUCACUGCAUCCGCUGCCUUCAGCCCUUUAAGUUCCUGGUCAACAGUAAGCGUCAGUGUCUGGACUGCCACAUGUUCACCUGCAAGUCCUGCAGCCGCUACAACAAGAAGGAGCACGGCUGGGUGUGUGACAACUGCCGCAUGACCAGGGUGCUGAAGAUUGGGACGGUGGGUUGGUACCACGACAACGUCAGGAAUCGCUUCAAGCGCUUCGGCAGCGCGAAGGUGAUGAGGUCGCUCUACAAGAGGCUGAACGGAGACGCCGGUCGUGAUGACGACACUCAGAGUAUGCCAGACGUCCGCAGUGUGUACAAUGGGAUGGAGGACGACCACGGGGAAGCGGAGGUCCAGCGGUACAAAGUGAUGAGGAAGAGCAAACGUCUGCUCUCCGUUCAUCCGCUGGACUUCGACCCCGAGGAAUACUUCCCGUAUUCACGCCGGCCGUCUGUACAAAUUCUGGAGGAUCGGGCCUACAGGAACGAAGUGGACUACGACUUCAACCACCGAGCCAACCGCAGGAGGAGUCUGGACCGCUACGCCAUGAGACCUGAAGACUUCGAGAGCCGGAUGGACCGGGCCCGUUCUCUGUCUAAGAUCAGCUCCUCGGUGGCUCGGCAGCAGUACCUGGACACCUCUGAUGAGGACGAGUACCCGCGGUGCCCCCCCGUGUACCUGCAGCCCCCCCACCGCCGCCGGAGCAGCAGAGCCUCCUCUCAGGAGAACCUGGGACAAGCCCCGCCCAUGAACGAGCUGAACAAGCGCAUGUCGGCCAUCGAGAGUCUGCUGAACCGCCUGGAGGACAAGAUCACGCCCGACGAGGUUCUGCCCGGGUCGACGACUCCGUCCGGUCACAACGAAGAGGAGAAGCUGAGGAGGAAGCUGAGCGAGCUGGCCGGGAACCUGAUCGACAAGAACCCGUCGUCGGACGAAGAGGCCGGAAAGAAGGCCUCCUCUUCGGGGAAAGGUCUGGCCCUGGACCCCCUGAAGGACAAAGAGCUGAGCUCCUCCAGCGACGAGGGGCCCACCGAGGCCCAGAAGGUGUACAUGGCGGCCGGCCAGUCGCACGCCCUGGAGACGAAGCUGCAGCGGCUCGAGCGCAGCGCCAAGACCGGCUUUGGGGGGGCGACGGACUCCGAGCUGUCGGAGCUGGAGGACGUGGUGGCCCUGACCGCGGCCCGGGUCCAGAGCGCCGAGAGCGAGGUGUCGGACAUCGAGAGUAAGAUCGCCGCUCUGAACUCUGGGGGAUCCAAGAAGAAGAUUUCUGGAUCUCAGAGGAAAAAAGCAACUCAAGACUUCUCCAAGAGCAGUAACGGAGCGCACUGGAAAUCAAACAUGUACUGAUCCUGAAACCUG